GACGUGUAACCAGCAUAACGUAAACACUGACAGCAAACGGGGAGGGAUUAGCACGAUUAGUGACAGAAUAUAAUUUAUGACGACGAUGCGGUGAUAACGAUUUUUCCGAUGAAAUAACAGAUUAGCACGUUCAAAAUGUUUUCCAAAUCGUUACGCACGAACGUUCUCGCUAUCCGAUGCCUAGAGAAUCUCGUACUUGCAGGCAUGGGAUCCAUACUAUACAUCUAUGAGAAGGAUUCCUAUCAACUGAAAAGUAAUCUGGAUUGUUUGUAUCCAAAUAAUAUACAUGGAAUUGUGCUGGGGCCGAAUAAUAAAUUAGCUGUAUUCGGUGCCAAGUCUAUAUGUGUCUGCAGCAUUCUUAAGGAAGAAGAAAUAAUAUUUAAAAAACAAACUACUGAUCAGUUUAACGAUUGGAUAAUUGCUGUAGAAUGGAUAUCGGUUAAGAAGCAAGCACAAUUGGCAAUUCUAUUUGCCCAUAAUUAUGUGUGUAUAUAUAACGUAUUUGAUGGCUCUUCUCGAGUUGUAUACUGUAAAGAAAAAUGCAUACUUUAUGGCGGAUCUAUAUCGGGAACGUCCGAUGAGAAUUUAGUCAUUUUUAGUGGCACAGUGUUUCAAGAGAUUUUAAUAUGGAAGAUAAACAAUAAUCCAGGCAGUAAUGAAAACGUGCCAGUUUUACAUCGUUUAACGGGACACAAGGGUGUGAUUUUCUCUGUCGUUUAUUGUCCAUACUCGCGACUUGUCUGUUCCACGUCCGAUGACAGGACUGUCAGGUUGUGGAAAGUAACAGAGAGGGAUACUUCUGAAGGCAGCGAUGUAAAUUGGCAGAUGGCUGAGAUAACGUUAAUGAAGACUAUGUUCUCCCAUACAGCGAGAGUUUGGAGAGCUGUGAUCAAAAAUGAUGUCAUUGUAACGAUAGGGGAGGAUUCACUUAUGUGUACAUGGUCACUCACGGGUGAGUUGCUCAAUAAAGUUCACGCUCAUCGUGGAGCGCCUAUAUGGAGCAUCGACAUUACAGAGAACGGUGAAAAGAUAUUCACAGGUGGAGCCGAUGGUUCCGUGUGCGCGUGGCCAACAAUGUGUUGCCGCAAUAAUCCAAAAAUAAUCUCCUUGUCUAGCAAUGACAAGUGUAACGUUCCUAAAUAUAUAUCCUACUUAAGCAGUGGCACGAUUUUGAUUUUCAACGACACGGGAACGUUGCUCUGCUAUGAUAAAGAGGCGACCGUGCCAAAGGCGUCUCUGCACCUGGAGAAAUAUUGCGCUUAUUGUAUCAUGCAAGUGUCACCGUGUCGCUCUUUUGUCGCUCUCGCAUCUAGAGAAGGAGAAGUGACGAUAUAUAAAGAGAUUAUUAGCGCGAAUACCUGGCAUCUGCGGCGGCUUGUCGAAGAAAGAAUAAUGGAAUCACAAAUCUUUUCUUUGCAGUGGUUGAGACACGACACCUUAGUAGCGUGUGGCGCGAACGGUCGUUUGAGAAUUUUCAAUUUUACGAUGGUCGACGCUGCGACUCGCGUGGAGGCACAGUGCACUUUGCCCGCCAGUCGAGAACGUUGGCUGACCGCGGCUGUAAUCUAUGAAGAACUGUUGGUUUGCGGAGACAGAGCCGGGAACGUUCACGCGUUCGAGAUGAGCGACAUGAGCGAGGAUGCGAAACCUGUUCAAACGUUCAGUAAAGUCCACGGUAAGAUAGGAGUCCAGUCGUUCGCCGUGGUAGACGGGAAAUUGAUGACAACCGGGCGCGAUGCGAUGCUGAGAUUUUACGAGUUGAGUAGUGGAGACAGAAGACGCUUGCUGAUGCUGCACAGAAAGAAAAUGCCAAUGGACUGGAUCGGCGGCGCGUUAACGGCGAACGGAACUGUUCUCGUACUUGGAUUCAAGGAGGUGGAAUUCAUGAUGUACGACUUGCUGCACGAGAAGAUACUGAUCAGGGUUCCCUGCGGCGGUGGUCACAGAUCGUGGGACUGCACGCUGUUGGACGGAACGGCGAGUUUUGCUUACGUACGAAACAAGCAGGUUUACGCGCUCGAUUAUCCUCUGGAAUCUCUAAAAUUGCCCAUUUUGCAGACUGGCUUUCACACAAAAGAGACAUGCUGUCUGCGUCGCGUUCUGAGGCUGGAUGCGCAAGACGUUUUCGUGUCUGGCAGUGAAGACUGCUCCCUUCGUAUCAGCUGUGCUUCUGCGACAUCCCGAGACGAUCCCUUCGCUUUUUGCAAUUUAGGAAUUUUUGACGGUCAUCUCUCGGGCGUAAAAUGCAUAAGCACUGUUAGAUUACGAAAUGACGCUUCUGAUAAGACAAAUAACAGGUACUUGGUGUUCUCCGCUGGCGGGAGAGCGCAACUGAAGGUCUGGGAGAUGAAGUUCAAAUACAAUCAAAGGAUGUCGCCGAACGUUGACGUGUCGUGUUCCGAUGUAAAGUCUCACAUGCUCCAUGGGCAAGAUCAGUAUCGCAGGAAGCCUUGGCAGGAGACUAAGCAGUUUUAUGUCGUGGAGCCAGAAACGCGUUACAUGGAUAUUUGUGCGUAUUAUCCUGCCGAGGAUCCGAAACAUGUAUUAAUAUUCGUGGCCUGUGCGGAUGGAUACUUGAGGCUACUUGUAUAUGAUAUCCAGACUAGUAACAUAUACUUGAAAGUAUCUGCCAGAUACGUAAAUCGUUGCAUCUUGAAGGUGCAUGUUUUACCGCACGAACAUAAAAUCAUCGUGUUAACAAUGACAACCGACGGAGUGCUACGUUUCUUCGACUUUACCGAGACCGUCUCGAAGAUAUACGAGGACGCUCACUCGGAAAAUCAGGAUAACGUGGACUUCAGUAACGCCCCUUUUGCAGAAUUUAGUUUACACCAGUCGGGAAUUAAUUCGUUUGACCUAAAAUCCGCCGAUGAGGACAAGUAUCUCCUGAUCACUGGCGGUGACGACAACCUUCUCAAUCUCGUUUGCUUUCAACUCUGUGUGUCGCAAAACGACAAACUGCUGUCGCUAAUGCUGUCCAAAUGGAACACCGCGUCCGCGCAUUCCGCACAAAUCACAGGUCUGAAAUUUAAAAGCGGAGAUCAAAUAUGCAGCGUAGGAAUAGAUCAGCGAGUUAUUAUCUACAGUUACUUGUGGCACGAUGGAGUCUUGUCUGCAAAUAUCUUAAAUCAAGUAUUUACAUCUGUCACAGACGCGCAAGGCAUGGAUCUGUGGUCUUCUGACGACGGCAGUGACAUCGUGUGUAUAUAUGGAAGAGGAUUUGAAGUACUGUCUAUCUAGAAUCUUGCAAAAGUUAUUGUUCGAAUAACAAAAGGUAUUUUCUACACAAAUGUUUAUGUUUCGCUCAUUCAUUCAUGUAAUCUUAUAUUAUUGUAUAUAAAAAUAAUCUGAGAGAAACAAGUGGAUUGUAAAUUUCACGGUUUUAAAAACACUGCCGAUUUUAUAUAGAAUAAUACAAAAUUUCUUAGCUUCUCGAAUAAAAUUAUCUGCUGAGUAA